AUGGUGCCCCAGGAAAGGUGCUACUACGAGUGUCGUGACGUCGACAAUGACAGCGUGGCGAAUCAAGCAGGCUUACGAAUCGGUGAUCGUGUAGAUGGCUACAACGAGUACUAUCAACCAGGUCACAUAAAGACUCACGUGUGGGGAGACAACACGCUGGACCAGCUGAAGUGUAAGGAUGUCGGCACAUUGGUAAUACUAUUUGUCAGCAAGCAAGUGGUGCUUGCGAAUGAUGAAGAGCAGCGCCACAUGAAGAAACGCAUGGAGUUUAUCUCCUCGCGCAAGUCCACCCUGAAGAAACAUAAUCGCAUGGGUGAAUUACCUAAGUUCGUCCAGAAGUGGGAUAUGAACAACAAUCUAGUUCUCUCUCCACUUAAACGUUUGAAGCCCCACUUACAUGAAGAGGAGAGUGCUACCAGUGAGGACGGCCUGCAACUCUCUACCGAGAAAAUGCCAACACCGGAUGAAGACAGCUUCGUCAAAUUGCUACGAGCAUCGCAACCUGAAGAAACGUUAACCGAUUUGAAUCGGAGCGAAGAACCGCAGACAGCAGAUACGAUGAUGUUACGCACUGACUCGACGACUCAAUCAAGCAAUUCAUUCUCGCGAUCAUUAGAAAAUCUGAGCUGA